AGGUAGAUUCCCCAGUAUGAAGAUGCCUUGAGUUUCAACAUCUUUAACAGUGGUACCAUCCACGCUUUUAUAAAUGGGAUAAUGACACGUUACAAACUCGAUAGAUGGGGGUACGAGCAGUUCAAUGAUGGAACAUCGCAAUCAUUGGAUACAGGAGAGUACAAAGUGAAAUGUACUGGCUUUCAAUUCAGCCCAUUGAGGUAUUACGCUUUACAUAUUCUUUCUAUUAUUAUGUUUGGUAUACCUUACCUCAUCCUCAGCUGGUACCCCCAAUACAUGGCAAAAUUCGGAUAUAAAAGAUGUCAGUUGAAAGUUGCCGAUGCAGUGAUAAUUAAGAACAAAAAAGGUGUAAUUAAAUUUUGUAAAGUUCUCAAAGACCCUGUUAUACAUUUCGACUACCAACUUCAUCGAUACAUUUGGAAUGAAGAAAAACAUGCGUUUGUGUUGCUACUAGGAGUUUCUGGAACAUUGAUUGAAUUAAUUGAAACAUCAGAUGGAAUUUCAAAUAAUUUGAGAAACUUAAGACUUAAUAUUUAUGGAAAAAACUCAAUAAAUAUUCGCCUUAAAUCAACUUUUAAAAUCUUAGUAAAUGAAAUACUAAACCCAUUCUAUGUUUUUGAAAUUUUAAGUAUAAUAUUGUGGAUAUUUGAUGAAUACUAUGAAUAUGCAAUAUGUGUUGUAAUUCUAUCAGGAAUAUCAAUUAUUACAUCUCUAUAUCAAACCAGAAAGCAAAAUCGAAUGGUGAAGAAUAUGGUGGAUACAAAAAAUAAGCGUUAUGUAACAGUUUACGAUGAAGUUGGAGGAAGUGAUGUGAUCGAUUCUUGUGACUUGGUGCCCGGAGAUCUCAUUGAAAUUCCAACUGAAGGUUGUGUUAUGACUUGCGAUGCACUUUUACUUACGGGAACAUGCAUCAUAAAUGAAUGUGUGCUAACAGGAGAGAGCACCCCAGUAACUAAAGUGCCAGCUAAUUAUGUAAAUGAAGAAUAUGAUCCGAUUUCGCUCCAUGCCAGACAUACUUUAUAUUGUGGAACACAUGUUAUUCAAACGAGAUAUUACCAUCAUGAUAAAGUCACAGCUCUGGUAGUAAGAACUGGUAGUAUGACUGCUAAGGGACAGCUCGUCAGAUCAAUAUUGUUUCCAAAAGAAUUCGGUUUUGAUUUUUAUCGAGAUGCUAUAAGAUUCAUUUUCAUUAUGUUUGGAGUAUCACUUUUUGGCACACUUUAUUCAAUUUAUCUAUAUCUAGAACGUGGUGCUGGAUUAGAAACUAUUUUACUGCGAAGUCUGGAUAUUGUAACAAUUGUUGUUCCUCCUACUUUACCUGCUGCAAUGACCGUUGGAACCAUCUAUGCUCAGCGUAGACUUAAAAAGAAAGGUAUUUUUUGCACCUCACCUCCCAGGAUAAAUGUAGCUGGAAAAGUAAAACUAGUUUGCUUUGAUAAGACAGGUACUUUGACUGAAGAAGGAUUGAAUGUUUGGGGUGUCCUCAUGUCGAAUGGAAACGGCCUUGAAGAUUUAGUAGAAAAUCCUACAACGCUGCCUAUAAUGACACCAUUCUUGCAUGCCAUGGCCUGCUGUCAUUCACUAACGAAAAUAAAUGGUUUACUUUGUGGAGAUCCACUUGAUCUCAGUAUGUUUGAAUCAACAGGAUGGGAAUUGGAAGAACCUGGAGUUGAGAUAAACAGAUUUGAUCAACUUGCACCUACUGUGGUCAAGCCAAAGAAAUGGCAAUUCAUAAAUGCGAUACAUCAACUAAAUGGUUCUGGCAGUCAUAUAGACCAGGGAGAUAUGAAAAUACCUCUUGAAAUAGGUAUCCUAAAGCAGUUUCCAUUCUCUGCCAAUGCCCAAUGUAUGUCAGUCAUUACCAGAACUCUAGGAUCUAGACAAAUGACACUGUAUACAAAAGGAGCUCCUGAAAAAAUUCUUCAAAUGUGUAUUCAAGCCUCAAUUCCAGAAAACAUUUCAAUGACUCUGUCAUAUUAUACAUCUUCUGGACACCGUGUAAUUGCUAUUGCUUAUAAGCAACUGCCAAGAAAAUUCACUUGGUUGCAAGCUCAAAAAGCAGAAAGGGAAAAUGUUGAAAAUAGUCUCACUUUUCUUGGAUUAUUGUUAAUGCAGAAUACACUUAAACCACAGUCCGCGCCUGUCAUAAAGCAGUUACAACAUGCUCGCAUCAAAUGCUUGAUGUUAACGGGAGACAAUCUAUUAACAGCUGUCAGUGUUAGUCGGGAGUGUGGAAUCCUGGCUCCUACAACACCUUUGUCUCAAGUUGUUGUAACAUCAAGCCUACCAAAUACAGUCAAACUUCAGCCUUUGAAUUCUUCUUCCAAUCACACUGAGGUUGAUAGCACCUCUGCGCUUGCUGUUGAUGGAGCGACUUGGAGCAAGCUCCAUGAUAUCUUCCCAUCAUUGCUGCCUCUUGUAGCGACAAGAGGUGUUAUUUUUGCUAGAAUGUCACCACAGCAGAAAGCACAUGUUGUAGAAACUUUGCAGUCACUUGAUUACAUUGUUGCAAUGGUAGGAGAUGGCGCGAAUGAUUGUGGAGCAUUGAGAACUGCACAUAUAGGAAUUUCAUUAUCUACAGCUGAAGCUUCGAUUGCUGCACCAUUCACAUCUUCAAUUGCCGAUGUAACAUGCGUUCCAAAGCUGAUCACGGAAGGAAGAUGUUCUUUAGUAACAAGUUUUGGCAUUUUUAAUUACAUGGAGUUGUACAGCAUGAUUCAGUUCAGUUCCGUCCUCAUUCUUUAUAUAAUUGGUAUUGAAAUGGGAACAAAUCAAUUUCUUUAUGUGGAUCUUUUUGUGACUUCGAGUCUUGCUGUUGUCAUGGGGAGAGCACGCCCGUCUGAACGCAUCGCUCCACAAAGGCCUAUCAGCAGCCUAAUAUCUUUGUCGAAUGUCGUCCCACUGAUUUUGCAAAUUUUGCUCUGCAUAUUAAUGCAAUUACUGUCACUAUAUGUACUUCGACAUGAACCUUGGUAUGUUCCAGUUGAUAGAGCAGAAGGAGACGAGGAAGUAGUAGAAUGUUGGGAAAAUACAGCAGUAUAUUUAGUUAGUUGUUAUCAGUAUGUUAUUUUAGCUGUUACUUAUUCAAAAGGAAAGCCCCAUCGAGAACCUAUUUACAAAAAUUGGUUGUUCAUGGUAGUAGUAACAGUAUUAGUGGGAUUUAAUUCAAUUCUCCUACUCUUUCCAUGGCAUCAACUUACGUUCUAUUUUGAGCUGAUGCCAUUUUUAUUUAAUGAAACUUUGAGAUUCCGAUUUCUUCUUCUAUGCCUACCAAUAGUCCAGCUAGUUUUUUCUCUAAUCAUAGAGCAUACUGUUGCAAGGUCAUUCUGGUUCAAAUGGUGUCGUAGAAAAAUUCUUAGGAAGAAGGAAUUUAAAAACAAAUAUAAGACGGUGGAAACACAGAUCCUUAAUUCACGUUUUUGGGACCCUUUAAGUUUUUAGCACUUUUAAACAGUACU